CUGAAGCUAAAUAGCAAGACGUGAGAGGAAAGAAGUCAAUUAGUUUAUACAGGCUCUUGACGAAGAUAUUGAGCAUUGUAUGUUCACGAGGUCACAAAAAAAGAGUAAGCGGUACUUCAUAUAUCGGGAAUGGAUGGCCGUGUCGAAUUGUAUGAAGAAGUAAAACUUUAUCGUACUGCACGCGAAAGAGAAAAGUAUGACAACCUUGCUGAACUCUAUGCUGUUAUUAACACUAUACAAUGUUUACAAAAAGCAUAUAUUAAGGAUUAUGUGGAAUCAAAAGAAUAUACUGCUGCCUGUUCAAAGCUUCUUGUCCAGUACAAAGCUGCAUUUAAACAAGUUCAAGGAGAUGAAUUUGCUACUAUAGAGGAUUUCAUGAGAAAAUAUAAGAUGGAUUGUCCAGCAGCUCUAGAGCGUAUUAAGGAAGGAAGACCGAUAACCAUCAAGGAUGAUAAACAGAACAUAAAUAAAAGUAUCGCUGAUACUGUUUCCUUGUUUAUUACGAUUAUGGAUAAGCUGCGACUAGAUAUUCGCGCAGUGGAUGAAAUCCAUCCAGAUCUUCGAGAACUGUAUGAAACUCUUUAUCGGUUGAGUAUUCUGCCUUCAGAUUUUGAGGGUAAAGAUAGAGUUAAAGCUUGGCUAGACAAAAUGGAUCAAAUGCAAGCAUCUGAUGAAUUAUCUGAAGCUGAAGUACGACAGAUGCUUUUUGAUUUAGACUCUGGAUAUAAUGCCUUCAAUCGGACAUUGCAUUCUGGCCAGUGAAUACUCAACAAUAUAUAUAUAUAUAUAUAUAUAUAUACGCAUAAUAUGCUAUUCAAAUUGAAAGAAUAAAUGACUACUUUUGAACUAUCAUAUCAGAUAACGUAUAUGGCGUCUUGGCGUCAUCCAUACAAUUAUAUAAAAUUCAAUACUAAAGUAUACAUUUUUCAAAUUAUUGUAUUAAAUUAACUUAGAAAUACACAGAAUACUUUUAAUUUUAUGUAAAUCAACCCUCAUGAUGGGUGGGUUCAAUAUCAUUGUACAUUGAUUAAAGUUGUUUGUCCAACCCGUUGGUGAUAAUGAUCCCAAAUACAUCACGUGAGAACGAAGAUCAAUUUCUAGUCCUCAUAUUGAUUUAAGUUUAUUUUCAUUCAGUCAGUUACGAUGCAUCCUUAUAAUCAUUAUUCAUCAGUUCUGUGUUUAUCAGUUGUUUUUAGUUACUUUUUUUCAACACAUUUCUCUUGUAUUGGUUAUUUCACUAUGAUUUUAUGUUCAAUAACAGUCACUAGAUUGACAAAUCUUGGUAGUUAAUAAUCACCGAAUUAGCUUGAAUGUAAACUGAAUCUGUUUUAGUCUUUUCCAACAAAUCUUAAGAAGUUUAUUCAUUUGUAGUGACUAGGGAAGUAGAGGCGUUUGUUGAGACGGCUUCAAGAAGCAUCACGAGGCCUCCUGGGGCUCUAAAGAAGCCGAAGUGUUUCCGUCCAAUCAGUGCUUGACAAAGCUUUCUAGAAUAUCAACGUAACAUGCUAUUAUUGGAUGAUAGCAUAACCUACCUCCAUGUGGAUUAGCUGAAUUAUGAUAAUGUUAUAGCCAACGCUGAUAAUUAUAGAUACACAUGUUUUUCUGUACAAUUUUGAUUUUUACACAAUGGUCACUUCACCUGCUUCUUGUCUUCUGAUUUGCGACUGUGGGGUUCUACACGUCCAAGUACUGGCAGUUGUAUACCUUAUUCUACCGUAAUCAAGUAAAGGAUGUAACAGCGAGUAGCGCUGGUGUAUAUGGUAUCGCAGUUGUCUUCAAAUUAAUCACGUUUCUCAUUCGUAAUACAACUAACAAAUCAAACUUUUGUUUUGUCUUGAACCGAAUCAUGCAAUUAAAAAGGAUCAUAAUUUUCCACUUGGGGUAUAAAAAAACCUAAUUAUAUAUUUGAAAACACAUGGAAAACAAAUUGGACUACUGGAGUAGGUAACGAUCAAUAUGAAAGUUUUAUCUUGACUUAAGUUCAUUAUUGCAUUCAUUUAUUUCUAUGAUGUCGAUGCUAAGACGAAGACUUAAUGGUUCUCUACAAAGAUCGGCAUAUAAAAGGUUCCAGAGUUGAACUCUUUUGAUACUGAAGAGAGGAAGUUUAACCAUGCACUAUAGCUUUAGUAUCAGAGGAAUACAUAUCGAGGACACAAUGGACGAGAUGUGGCGAAUUCUCACCGAAGAUGUUUACUCUCCCUUGUUCAUUGAAAGACACCUAAAGCCAAACCUUUACGUGAGAAUAACAUUCUAGCUUCUUGAAAAAGCUACCUUAUAAUUUAACAGUAUUAAGACCAGAUUACUUUAGUAAUACUUUCUAUGAAUGAAAAUAGAUAUAGCAGAUGAACUGGUAGAAAACUGAUGAUUGAUACUAGUGGAAGAUACUGACUAUUAAAAGCAUUUUCAGGAUAUAUUUCGAAUGAUUGAAGUUUGAAUAUAUGCUAAGUAGAUACUUGCUAUAAUAAUGCGCAAUUUAUCCUGAUAAUUCUAUAUGUACCAAAGUUAAGAGUAUCUCAUAAAUCUAUUAUUCUUAAAAAAAACCAAUAAAGCAAAUG